CGCCAAUGUUGUUUUCGCCGAGUCGAGCUGCUGGUGUUGUUGGCGGCGGCGCCAUAUUGGAAGGGACGAUCCCCCGUUAGCGAGAAGCCCCUUAGCGCUGGCCUCGCCGCCGCCAUGCUGUACCUGGAGGACUAUCUGGAGAUGAUCGAGCAGCUACCCAUGGAUCUGCGCGACAGGUUCACCGAGAUGCGCGAGAUGGAUCUGCAGGUGCAGAAUGCAAUGGAUCAACUAGAACAAAGAGUAAAUGAAUUUUUUAUGAAUGCAAAGAAAAACAAACCUGAAUGGAGAGAAGAGCAAAUGACGUCAAUCAAAAAGGAUUACUAUAAAGCUUUGGAAGAUGCAGAUGAGAAAGUACAAUUGGCAAAUCAGAUUUAUGACUUGGUAGACCGGCACUUGAGAAAGUUGGACCAAGAACUAGCUAAAUUUAAAAUGGAACUUGAGGCAGAUAAUGCUGGGAUUACAGAAAUACUAGAAAGACGUUCUCUGGAACUGGAUACACCAUCACAGCCAGUGAAUAACCAUCAUGCCCAUUCACACACUCCAGUAGAGAAAAGAAAGCAUAAUCCAUCUUCUCACCAUAGUACAACAGAUCAUGUUCCUGAAAAGAAGUUUAAAUCUGAAGCUCUUUUGUCUACUCUCACUUCAGAUGCCUCUAAAGAAAAUACACCAGGGUGUCGAAACAGUAAUUCAUCAUCCUCUUCCAACAAUGCAUACAAUGCAAACUCUUCUCAGCCACUGGCAUCAUAUAACCUGGGCUCAUUAUCUUCAGGAUCUGGAGCUGGUGCUAUUACCAUGGCAGCGGCUCAAGCAGUGCAAGCCACAGCACAGAUGAAGGAAGGAAGAAGAACAUCCAGCUUAAAAGCCAGCUAUGAAGCCUUUAAGAACAAUGACUUUCAACUUGGGAGAGAAUUUUCAUUAUCCAGAGACUCAACUGGAUAUUCAUCAUCAGCUCUGGCAUCUACAUUAACACAAACAUUAAGUUCAUCAACCACAGAUUCACGGAGUGGUCGAAAAAGCAAAAACAACAACAAGUCUUCAAGCCAGCAGUCCUCCUCCUCAUCAUCAUCUUCAUCUCUGUCAUCAUGUUCUUCGUCGUCUGCUUUAGCACAAGAACUAUCUCAGCAAACAGCAGCAAUACCAGAGUCUGAUUCUAACAAUCAAGUUGAUUGGACCUAUGAUCCAAAUGAGCCACGUUACUGCAUUUGUAAUCAGGUGUCCUAUGGUGAAAUGGUGGGCUGCGAUAACCAAGAUUGCCCAAUAGAGUGGUUCCAUUAUGGCUGUGUUGGAUUGACAGAGGCACCAAAAGGGAAAUGGUACUGUCCACAGUGUACUGCUGCAAUGAAGAGAAGAGGCAGUAGACAUAAAUAAGUUUCUUCAUUUGGAAAACAAAUGACAUCCUAAAGAUUUUAUAGAGGACUUUAACAAAUCACAUUUUGCAACCACUUAAAGAAGGAUUGAUAUAGCAAUCAUAAGAUCUUGAACUAUUAGUUUUGCUAGUUGUGUUUUAAUAUUGUAAGUAAAUUAUUUAUGCACUACUGAUGUGCUAUAAAUAUUAUUCCAGUUAGCCUUGGAUUCUUCCAGUGGCCAACAUAUGCAGACAUUUGUACUCUCAAACCAUUUUCUCAGAGCAGUGGGCAUUCUACAAUAAUUCAGUCUUCAAAGAAUUCUAACAGGAGAAGAUUUUAAAUGUAUGUUUUAUAUUCAACAGGCAUAUUCUGCUGCAUGUACUGUACUCGAGCUGUUAUAUAACAGUAUGUAUAUAAAUGGUGCAAAAAGUCAGUGUAUCUAAAAAGAAUAUAAGGCAGUUGUUUUUAUAAUGCCUUUAUAGCUUUGUUUCUUUGUGAAACUAAAUUCAGCAGGCUGAAGAAAAUGGUUCUUGUAUAAAGCGGGCUGGUGUCCUUUAGAGUACUUGGGUACAUAAAAACAAACUCCUGUAGAGUAAAAACAAAUUUGUGCCAUUAGUCUUUAUAUGUCUCUGCACCGAACAGGGUGCAGAUCAUAAGAAAAAGGGUGUUAAAGUGAUAAAUUUUUUAUACCAAAUGCGUUUAUUUUUUUGUGCAAGUAAUCCUUUAAAUUGGAAUUGUAUUAGGUGUUAAAAUUUAAAAAAAACAACAAACUCAGAUGUUGAUAUUGAUGCUUUGCAUACUUUGUUGGAAAAGAAUAAAACCUCAGAAUUAAUCUGUCA